CCAAGAACGUAACGCCAAGAACGUAACCUUCUUUCAUCGCCUUCAACUUACCUUCCCAACUUGCGAGAUCUGACAGAAGAUGGAACCAGUGACCUGCAAGUAUUGCAGGAAGCGGUUCAAAGAUGGGUCUGUCGGUCACAGGGAGCGCAUCGUCCAUGAGCGAGCAUGUGACAUCGGCGUCGUAUGUUUGAUUGGCGUAAAUGGUCGCUGUGAGCGCAACUAUGUGGUCCCCGACCGUGCACAGUUGCCGAUUCGCACGCGUAAUAAGACCAUGCAUGGCCACUGGAAGAAAUAUCAUUUUGAUGAUGAAAAUCUGUGCUGCCCCUGGCCUGGUUGUGACGGUCAUGAAAAGUUCUCGUCGGUACAGACUCUGAUCCGUCACCUCAGCACCCAACAUCAUCAGCCAGAGAAGCAGAAACGCUUUGGCGAGCAACCAGAAGCUCCCCACCAGACGCAGUUGGACUUGCAACCAGCAACCCUGAACCAACAAACACCUAGCCAGCACACACAGCCGCAGCUUCCCACCCCACUCGGACCUUUCCAGCACGCAAUGCAGCGCUCGGAGACAGAUUAUUUUCCCCGUUAUGCCAGCAUCCUAAAUCAACAAUCGGCAAGUCAUACAGGAUAUGAAGAGCACCCAGCUAUGAAUCAGGCACAAGUAAGAGGACAGCUGGCUACCCCAUGCAGCGAACAAACGCCAUUCCAGCAGUCAGAGGGGCAAGGUCUCUCGCCUCCAAAGCCAGCAAUUCAGUUCUCGACGAUGCGUGAUCUUCUCCAUCGUAUCGACAGAAAAAAUCAAGAAGCAGCUAGGCACGCGGAAUUGGAGCAACAAUUCUCAAUCCAGCAGCCACGAGUGGCCGGACGACUAGCCAAGAAACCACAGCAGCAAGAUAUGGCCACUCCCGAGAUAUCAAUACAAAAUCAUAUCUCAGAUGCUUUGACUCGCACUCUCGACGCCUACAACAGCAUCUCCCUAUGCAUGCAGCAGGUGGCACGCUAUCAACCGCAACUGACCCAAGAAGAAAGCUUCAUGGUCCAAGAUGUCCAGGCCGCUUUGAACUAUGCCGCUAAUGGUAUCAGGCACCUUCCUGUUCUGCCGGGACUUUCGAAGAUGCACGAUCACGGCGACAACGACUAUGGCAACCAUUUCGAUGGUAUUCCUCGCCUUCCUGUGCCUUCGGGAAUUCCCAACAUGCACAGUAACAAUAAUAACGACUACGAAAACGCCCCCAGUGACACCGAGAUGACGGAAGACUAUGCCGAUUACUAAAGGAAUGACAUGGAGAAAGACGUAUAAUAGAGUGACUAAUUCAGAGGUACUUGCGUUAGAGCAAAUUGACGCUAUUUGUUAUGUGCAGUGGUCAAGUUACGAAAGGCACGGGCCUAGAGUAAGAAAGUGGAUUGGGUGGAGCGGAUAUUGGUGUAUGGAAUAACCUGUUGAGUAAACUAUCACGCUAGUCUAGUUCAUCGUAAUAAACAUCUGUGAC